AUGGGUUUUAUGUUACAGGUCAUCGACAAUGAUGUGGAUCCUGAAUGGACACUGUUGUACUAUUUGAGAAAUAAAUUAAGAUUAUGUGGAACAAAACUUGGAUGUGCUGAGGGAGGAUGUGGAGCCUGUACCGUUAUGGUAUCACGGUACAACAGAAAGAAAAAGAAAAUAAUUCACUUGGCUGUCAACGCUUGCCUAGCUCCAAUAUGUUCGGUUCACGGAUGUGCCGUUACUACUGUAGAAGGUAUAGGGAGUACAAGAACAAAAUUGCAUCCCAUUCAAGAAAGAUUAGCUAAAGCUCAUGGUUCCCAAUGUGGAUUUUGCACUCCUGGAAUAGUUAUGUCAAUGUAUGCUUUGCUGAGACAAAAUCCUAAGCCUAAAUUGCUGGACAUGGAAAUUGCUUUUCAAGGAAAUUUGUGUCGAUGCACUGGCUACCGACCAAUUAUAGAAGGUUUGAGAACGUUUACUGAGGAAUGGGAACAAGAACAAAUGGCUAAGGGAAUGCGUUUUCCAGUAACUAAUUGUGCCAUGGGAAAAAAUUGCUGCAAAUUUAAGGGAAAUAACAUUUACAGGGAUCCAGAAGAAAUUUUAUUCAACUACAAUGAAUUUGCUCCUUAUCAUCCAUCUCAGGAGGCUAUUUUUCCACCUGAACUUAUGUUAGAUUCAACUCUUGAUGAACAAACUCUGGUUAUAAAAGGACCUCGUGCGACAUGGUUUCGACCAACAUCAUUCAAGGAUGUUUUACUGUUGAAAAGUAAAUUUCCCAACGCAAAAAUUAUUAAUGGAAACACAGAAGUUGGGGUUGAAGUGAAAUUCAAAAAUUUUUUAUAUCCUGUUUUGAUAAAUCCCAUUUACGUUAAGGAAAUGACGGAAAUCGUUUUCUUGGAAGAAGGUAUAAAAUUUGGAGCUGCAGUAACCUUAAACGAAAUCAAUGAUGUUUUAAAACAUGAAAUUGCAACUCAACCAGAGUAUAAAACUAGAAUUUUUAAAGCUGCAACCCAUAUUUUCCAUUGGUUCGCCGGAAAGCAAAUUAGGAAUGUUUCGGCGAUAGGAGGAAAUCUUAUGACAGGAAGUCCAAUUUCUGAUAUGAAUCCCGUUUUGAUGGCUGCUGAUGUGAAUCUUUAUUUAACAAGCAUAGAUUCUACAAGAAUAAUAAAAAUGGAUCAUACGUUUUUCACGGGAUACAGAAGAAAUGUUGUCAAACCAGAAGAAGUUCUCACUGCUAUUUUAUUCCCCUAUUCGCACGAGAAUCAAUAUUUUAAUGCUUACAAACAAGCUAAAAGAAGAGAUGAUGAUAUUGCUAUUGUCAAUUGUGCAGCAAACGUGGAAUUCGAACCUGGCACUCAUAUAAUUAAAAAUCUAUUAAUUGCUUACGGUGGUGUAUCCCCCUGCACGACUAGAGCAAUGAAAACGAGAGAAAAAAUGAUCGGAAGGGAAUGGAAUGAUGAAAUGGUCGAAGAUGCAUUUAAUUCUUUGGUAGAAGAAUUUCCGUUGCCUCCAAAUGCACCGGGAGGAAAUGUACCAUACCGUCGCUCUCUAACUCUUUCUUUGUUUUUUAAAUUUUAUCUAUUUGUUCAAGAUAAACUAAGUGAAAAAUAUAAAGAAGUGAAACCUGUUCCCGAAAAACUAUUGUCUGGAAUAUCAGGUUUUCAUUCGAAAGACAUAAAAAGCUCGCAAUAUUUUCAAGUGGUACCGAAGACUCAGAGUAAGAUUGAUGCCGUUGGUCGAACCUUAGUUCACGUAAAUGCGUUUAAGCAAACUACAGGUGAAGCUCUUUAUUGUGAUGACAUACCAAGAGUGGAAAAUGAACUUUAUGUCACUUUUGUCCUCAGUACGAGACCUUAUGCUAAAAUAUUAAACAUUGAUACGAGUCAAGCUUUAGCCAUGCCUGGAGUUCAUGCAUUUUUCUGUGCAAACGAUCUAGAUGAAGGAAGUAAUGAGAUGGGUCCUAUUUUUCACGAUGAAAAAGUCUUUUAUACGGAUGAGGUCACCAGCCAAGGACAAGUUGUUGGAGCCAUUGUUGCAGAUAAUCAAAUGAUUUCUCAAAGAGCUUCCAAACUUGUAAAAAUUGAAUACGAAGAUUUGAGCCCUGCAAUAAUUACCAUUGAGCAAGCUAUCGAACAUAAUUCAUAUUUUGGUCAACCGAAAAAAAUUAUAUCGGGUGAUCCUGAAAAUGCAUUUAAAACCUGUGAUUUUGUAAGAGAAGGUGAAAUUCGUAUGGGAGGACAAGAACACUUUUACCUUGAAACACAUUGCGCUCUUGUCGUACCAACAGAAGAUGAAAUUGAAAUUUUUAGCUCUUCGCAAAAUGCCGCCGAAAUUCAGAAAUUGGCUGCACACGUCCUGAAUAUUCCUUGCAACAGAAUAAGAACAAGAGUUAAAAGAAUCGGUGGAGGUUUUGGAGGAAAAGAAUCUCGAGCAAAUGUAGUUGCAGUGCCAUUAGCUUUCAUUGCACAUCGAAUGAGGCGACCGGUUCGUUGUAUGCUUGAUAGAGACGAGGAUAUGCUCAUGAGUGGCACAAGGCAUCCAUUUUUGGCUCGUUAUAAGUUUGGAUUUAACAAAGACGGAAAAAUUAUUGCUAUUAAAAUGACCGUUUAUUGUAAUUCUGGAUACAGUAUGGAUUUAACACCAGGAGUUUUGGAUAGAUCCUUGUUUCACGCCGAAAAUACUUAUAAAGUUCCCAACAUGGAAGUUCACGGAUACAUUUGCAAAACAAAUUUACCAUCGAAUACUGCUUUUAGAGGAUUUGGAGGACCUCAGGGCAUGAUUUUUAUAGAACAUAUGAUUGAUGAAAUGGCAUGCGUUUUAAACAUGCCUCACCACGAGAUCAGAUAUUUGAAUUUAUACAGAGAAGGAGAUGUGACUCAUUAUAAUCAAUUACUCGAUUAUUGCACUGCGAGAAGAUGUUGGGAAGAAUGUUUUAAAAGCUCCGACUACGAAAGAAGAUUAAAAGAAAUCGAAGAAUUUAACAAAAAACAUCGUUACAAAAAAAGAGGGAUUAGCAUUUUACCAACGAAAUUCGGUAUUGCUUUUACUGAAGUAAGUCUUAAUCAAGCAGGAGCACUGGUUCACGUUUAUAAAGAUGGUUCCGUUUUAUUAUCUCACGGUGGUGUAGAAAUAGGACAAGGAUUAAAUACUAAAAUGAUCCAGGUUGCUAGCAGAGCACUCGGUAUAGAUGCAUCUUUGAUAUACAUAAGCGAAACAGCAACAGAUAAAGUCCCGAACGCGUCUCCUACGGCUGCUAGUGCCGCUUCUGAUUUAAACGGAAUGGCAGUUUUGAACGCUUGUAAUAAAAUAAUAAGAAGACUGAAACCGAUGAAAGAAGCAAAUCCUGGACUAUCCUGGAAAGAACUCAUUGGCAAAGCAUAUUACAAUCGUAUUGGACUUUCCGCUACAGGAUAUUACAAAACUCCGGAGUUAGGUUACAGUUUCAACACAAAUUCUGGAAGGGCUUUUAAUUAUUAUACCUAUGGCGUGGCAGCAUCAUCAGUCGAAAUUGAUUGUUUAAGUGGAGAUCAUCAGGUUUUAAGAACAGACAUUGUAAUGGAUUUGGGAGAAAGUUUAAAUCCUGCCAUUGAUAUCGGACAAGUUGAAGGAGCUUUUGUUCAAGGUCAGGGAUUGUUUACUCUGGAAGAAUUAAUUUAUUCUCCCACGGGUACCAGUUUCACGAGAGGGCCGGGAAUGUAUAAAAUCCCAGGAUUUGCAGACAUACCAUUAGAGUUUAAUGUUUCCUUACUUAGAGGGGCACCUAAUCCGAGAGCCGUAUUUUCUUCCAAGGCUGUUGGUGAACCACCUCUUUUCCUGGCAUCUUCCGUAUUUUUUGCAAUUAAAAACGCUAUUGCUUCUGCAAGAAAAGAUGAGGGAAUCGAAGGAUAUUUCAGAUUUGAUUCUCCAGCCACCUCGGCCAGAAUAAGAACCAGUUGCGUGGAUAGAAUAACACAAAAGGCAAGAACUCAUUUUUUCAUUCAUUGA